GGUAGAUCUGUGUCCGAAAAAGUAUUGUAUGUAAUACCUUUACAUCGAGUAGUAGGAAAUAUUGUCUUAAUAUUUUUUAAACGCCAAUAAUGUAGUGCAUUAUGAGUAUGAGUCCACAUUAAGAAAGGAAAAUUCACGACUACAUGUUCGUUGAUUUGUGUGCUGAUGAGCCAUGCCGUCGGACAAGAUCAUUCACGAUUACAUCGCGGGCGCAGUGGGAGGGUCUGCCGGUCUUAUCGUUGGGCAUCCUUUUGACACGACAAAGGUUCAGCUACAGACCCAGCAUUGCGGCCACAAGUACAGGGGAACUUUGGAAGCCAUCAAAAACAUCAGCUCGUUCGGAAUGGUUCGUGGUUUCUACCGAGGUCUUUCCUGGCCCCUGUUAUCGCUAGGAGUUGUCAACUCAGUGUUCUUUGGAGUUUACGGACACACGCUUAAGUUACUCGAUUCGAAUAAUAGUAAGCGGAAGUGCAACUACCUCAACAUUUUCAUUGCCGGCUGUGUAGGCGGUUCGGCGCAGCUCGUGUUUGUCGUACCUGCGGACUUUAUCAAGACGGCAUUGCAGUCACAAAUACCGCAUGACGUCGAUGGUUUCGAUAAAGUGAGAAGACCUUACUUUAAAGGUCCGAUACAAUGCGCCAGAGUCAUCUACCAAGAACGGGGCUUUCUGGGCUUCUACAAGGGCGGACUGGCAAUGACUUACCGAGAGGUCCCUUCGUAUGGAAUCUACUGUUUCACAUACGAGUUUUUGAGAGCUAAAAUGCACGAGCACAAGGUUCUGGCCAACAAUGGCGUCGUUGCAAGUUUGAUUGCAGGUGGACUAGCGGGUUGUUGCAAUUGGGCGUCCGUUAUUCCGUUCGACGUCAUCAAACACCGAUAUCAGGCGGACUUUACGAGACAAUACAGAGGCUUUGUCCACUGUGCCCAAAUGUUGUAUAGGGAAGGAGGAGUAAGAAUAUUCUACACCGGAUGCUUGGUCACGUGUCUUCGAGCGUUUACGGUGAACGCCGUGACAUUUACUGUCUACACGCAUUUAUUGAAACAUUUGGAAUUACACUAUUAGCAUUUAAAAAACAACAACUGAAAAAUGUAUAUAUUGCCUUCAUAAUUAAUAAGAAUUGGCACCGUGUCAUCAAAUGUAUAAAAUUACAUUUAUGUUCGUUCACCAACAACUUGGCGAGUAUUGUUCUUCUGUAAGAUUGAUAUACAUUGAAGUAAUGUUGGGAAAGGAAUUAUUUUAGGGUAACCUGAACAUGAAGUGCUCAAGGUUAGCUAUUUUACUCAUGCUAUUCACGGCGUUCUUUGUCGUGUGGGCCACCACGUUUUCUGAACCAUGAUGAAACUUGGUUUAUCUUUAAAAUAUCUAGGACAAGUUGAAAUCUGUGUCAUGUUUGUAAAAAAGCUAUGUAACCACGUCAACUAUUAGUAAAAGUUAAUUCCAUCUCAUUUAAGGUAAAAUAUUUCAUCACAUAUUAAUGAUAGUUGGACAUACUGUUUAUAUUGACAAUACAUAGGCGAAGUUUGAAUCUAGGUAUUUUGUUACAAAAAUCACCAAAUACAGUCGUAGAAAAACCGUGUAAUUACUCAAGACGAAUGUUUAUGACUAACUCAUUUGAUUAACUUGGUCAGACUAUUUGAAUUGACAAUAUCUUUAUGCAAAGUUGUUACUUUUAAUGCCAUGUGGUCAUACAAAAUUAUCAUGUGAUUUUGUGUGAACAUGAGUUGAAAUCUGACAUAAUUUGAACAACAUAUGUUGUAAUCAAAUCUUGUGAAUGUAAAUAAAAAAUCUUUAUAUUGC